AUGCUGCAAUGUCGGACAAAGCCUCAACUCAGCUAUUUUAUAUAUUGUUGCUUGUGUUUGUUUCAGAUAGGCAACAGUUCUCCCGUACUGGUACUGGUUGCUAAUGGAAGUGACAUCACGAUUAAUUUUCCGGGUGAAAACAAUAACAAUCGUGUAUUCAGCAUCGUCAGCAGCUCCGGCAACAAUAACCCGUCCAUGUUGGACUGGAUAGGUGGGAACGGAGCCAACAAAGCACCUACCAUCAUGUUGGGUAAAUCGGACGCGUCGGCAAUGUCUCCCCGUCUGGCUGACGACAACAGUGACGAAAAUAAUCCUACUUCACCUGCCAAUCCAAACCCGACAUGGGGACCGCUUGGAAUGAACGAAUACGAUGCAAACGAUGCUAUACUUCCGCUAGAAACGACCGUAACCCCUAAAAUUCUGGUCAACACCACCACCAGCUCCAGUGCGUACGUUGAAACUUCUGAUAAGGUGCUGCUAUCACCUGUUUGACAAACAUGUUCUACCCUUGACCCAAAUUCCAUACAAAACCCAAACUUAUUCGUAAAUAGAAGUGCGCACAUUACUGUGACUGCUGUU